AUGUUUAGAAUAGCAUCCUCUUCGAUUGGACCGCUUCGUCAAGGCGUGAACCACCGACUUGUGCGUUCCGUAUCGUACAUUCUCCCAACUUUGCCUACCUUGGAAAACAUUAAAGUCUCAAAGAAAGGGUUCGAUGGUCUUUUCUCCGCUGACACGGUGGACCAGCUUUGGUUCAAGCAAGGUCAAGCUAUAGUUGAUAGGCUCAACGCUGAGCUUGUGCAGAAGCUGGUUUCAAACCCUCCUACGGACUUGGGCGAGCUCAUCACAUUGACAUUUAGUAAACCAGAGUUGCAGCGCAUUUACGAGAACGCCCUGAUGUUGCACAACUUGCAAUUCGUCAUGGAAUCCAUACAACCAAAUGAACAAAACUUGAAUAGGAUUCAGAAAUCUGAUGAGCUGGCACUUCUACAAACGCCAACCAUUCAAACAGAAUUCCCAAAUGAGCCUACGGAUCCCGAAUUGAGGGAUUGGAUUAUCGACUCAUUCGGGUCUAUUGCCGAGUUCAGAACUCUUCUUCUUAACAGCGCCAAAGGAAUCAAAGGCAAUGGACUCACGUGGUUGGUUGCCCAGGCCACAUAUUCGGACAGCGCCAUGAGAUCCACCUCGGGGAUCUCUAAUCCUGAGCCUUCUUACAACAAGUUGGCCGUCAUGAACACUUACAACGCUGGCACAGUGGAUGACUCUAUUCGUUCUGGACAAAUAACGAAAUUGAAGGAGCAAAAAAGGGCUAAGAAGGAAGCUCUUAGGAAGAGACAACGCGAAAGACUGGAGAUCGAAGGUAAGGAGCUUGAAGAAGAAGUUGAAGAAGAUACUCCUAAGGAGAAUGACAUUUUUUUGGGCACAAUCGAGGAAGCUGAGGAAGCAUUUUCUUACAGCGACCGUAAGCUAAUGCCCCUUUUGGCUAUUGAUGCAUCAAUGAAAACAUAUGUUCCUGAUUAUGGUGUGUUUGGUAAAGCUGCAUAUUUGGACAAUGUGUGGGAUUGUAUUAAUUGGGACGUAGUUGUGGCCAGAACACCAAAGCGUUUCAAGCCGUCAGUUGCAUUUGAGAACUAA